AUCCACUCGAGAAAUUCUGAGCACCCGGAGAGCCCAGCUUCAGGCAGUUCACGAAUAGCUGACGACGUGACAGAGCUACCUUUUCAUUUUGGAGAAUCUGUAUCAGCUUCGAUAUCUGAUUAUCAGUUUUUACAUUGUCCUGCCAAAAAAUCCCGUAUCGAGCAGCGAUGUGCUAUCUGACAAGCUGCAACGCCUACGCACAGUUGAACGAUUCGAAGAUUCUUCAAGGACAGGGUGACGUAUUGUUCUCAGAGCCAUUCUAUGGAUUCGUUCGCCCGUGUGCGACAGCUGGUGUCAUCCUCGCGACCCACGCCUCAAUGCGUGGCGUGGCGUAUCGUAGCGUAACUGGCCAAUGGGUCCAGAUCAGCUCGACCCAUUGUAACGGAGAAGAGGACAAUUUGUUAACAUUGUGUCGUGACCGUGAGAAGCUCGCUGGAUUGAAAAGGGCUCUAGCUAAGCAAGAGGUACACGAGUACUGGAUGAAGUAGGCGAUAACAAGGAAAUAUACAUUAUAAUU